UAUCCCAGAAUGCAACAGUGAACGGCACACCCCCAACCACCAGCCACAAAUCCUCUAGAUGGCAGUCUGUAGAUUUACCAGUGUGUUAUGAAGCUCCACUUACGUUGGUGAUCUGAAAUUGUAAACAAAAUGAGUUGCUUAUGGAUGGGUAAUCUAGAGCCUUACAUGGAUGAGAAGUUCAUCUCUCGUGCAUUCGCCACCAUGGGAGAGCUUGUGGUGGGGGUGAGAAUCAUCCGGAACAAAAUGAACUGGGGUGCGGCAGGCUAUUGCUUUGUUGAGCUGGCGGACGAGGCCACUGCUGAGAGGUGUCUCAGGAAAGUCAACGGAAAGCCUCUCCCUGGAGCCACACCGCCGAAGAGGUUCAAACUAAACCGUGCCACAUACGGAAGGCAAGGAGAGAACAGAGGUGGUUACUCAGACAACAGGUACAAUCAGCCAUACUCAUACAACAACAGCCAGUACUACCAACAGUACCCUGACUACUACUCCAACUGGGGCUAUGACCAGAACACGGGCAGCUACGGAGGUUACAACUACAACCACUAUGACUAUAGCAAUCAGGGUUAUGGGGAGACUGAAGAUGAUGGAUUGGAGUACCCCAUGGUGGCACUGGAUGUGGUGGCAGCCAACAGGCAGUACAUGGAGGAGAGUGAGGAGCUGUAUGAUGCCCUCACAGACUGCCACUGGCCUGCCCUGGAGCCUCCUGGUCCUACUGCUGUUGCACCAUCCAAGGCACAGUAGAGCUAGCAGACCCCCUGGUCGACAGACAGCAACAGUCAGACUCUCACAACCUCUCGAUGUGGAUUGUUUGGAACAGCCCAGUGUGAAGGUUCAAAGGGUAAAGGCAUCUCGUCCUGCCUGCCAAGAGUAGCUGGUCUUCAGUGUCUCGUACACUUGCAAUGGGCUAAGCUAAGCGAACAGACCACAGUGUAUGAUUCGUGUGAACCCAGCUCCAGUGACUGAAAGGAUGCCCCCCUCAUGUUUGAAUUUUUAUUUUUAUUGCUCACCCCCACUCAUUUUUGGGGGGUUAUUGGGCACUGGUUUGGUUCCAAUUGCCCAAUGAACAGGCUUGUUUCGGUGCUUGAUGUCUUCGUAAUCAUAUCUUCAAGGACCGCGGUGCUAGUUUGAGCCUGUCUUUUCCCUCCCUCACAUAGCUACCUUUUUCAUAUUUAUUGUCCACACUGGAAAAUAGAAUAAGAUUGAAAUAUAAUCCCUAUUCGACACCCUAUUCUACCUAUUGAUUAUCUAUCUAGGGUCACUUGCUUCUUAUUGUGGAGUGGAAGACUGUGUAGUGGGUGUUUUAAACCUUUCUCCUCCACGUUAUAAUUUGAAAGCUGUGGUACAGACAGAAUUGUUGAUUCUGCUUUAUGUAAAUACUCGUCAACAGAAGACAAUGUGGAAGUGCGUGUAUUCACUUUAUAAUAUCUUACAUGAAU